CCUUUCGGCAACAACAGAAUUUUGCGACUACAGGUGCAUUGCUUGCAACAGAGGGGUAGCAUUAUUCUCCGCCGAGAAUCACAUCCUCGAUUUGCCGUGAAGAAGACACAUUCUGCGGAGUUGCCGGCCAACAGCGGCCACAUGCCCUUAAAGCGCUACCCGCAAGAUGGCGGCCCACAGUCCCAAGAUCCCAACGGGGCCAACGUUGCUCGGCAUGCCCUUGAAGCAGGCAUCGCUACUCACACUGAUGUUGCAAAACUCGGCACUGAUCUUGAUCAUGCAUUACUCUCGAAUAAUGCGACCGCCGGGCGAUCAUCGCUACUUUGCCUCGACCGCCGUCUUACUCAAUGAGAUCAUCAAGCUCGCGAUAUCGCUAACGCUCUCGAUGCACGAGGUCUCGAGGAGUCUGGCGCCACAAACGCCCGUGACGGUGAUCUUCGAACAGAUAUACCACUCGGCCUUCUCGGGGGAUGGCUGGAAGCUCGCGAUUCCGGCGGUGCUGUACACGUUGGAGAAUACAUUACAAUAUGUGGCCCUGAGCAACCUGGAUGCGGUCCAUUUCCAGGUUCUCUACCAGUUAAAGAUCAUCACGACGGCAGUCUUCACGAUCACCCUGCUCGGGCGCACGUUCGGCGCUCGGCGCUGGCUAUCGCUUAUUGUGCUCACGGCCGGCGUCUCGAUCGUCUCUCUCCCCUCGUCAAAUGCUAAAGACCUGGCGUUGGAUAUUCACGACUUCAGUGAUCACUUCUUCCCCCGAUCCGUCCAUGAGCUGGGGCAGAUGGCCGGGGAUGUUGCAGAAGCGGCCAACGACUUGACGAAACGGAGUGUCACGGGGCUGGUCAACGAGCUGACGCGGCGGUCUGCGACGUAUGAGGGCAUCGCGGAGGACUUGGACGGGACCCCGAAGAUGAACUACUCGAUUGGACUGACUGCGGUUCUGGUGGCAGCCGUUGUGUCUGGGUUGACGGGGGUCUACUUCGAGAAGAUCCUCAAGGACUCGGCCACGCCAGCCUCUGUCUGGACAAGGAAUAUCCAGCUGUCUUUCUACUCGCUGUUCCCGGCGCUGAUCAUCGGCGUCAUAAUAAACGACGGGGAAGAGAUCGCUAAACACGGGUUCUUCGACGGGUACAACGCUGUCGUGUGGUUAGCAAUCGUGUUCCAGGCGAUGGGCGGGCUGCUGGCUUCGCUUUGCAUCAACUACGCAGACAACAUCGCCAAGAACUUCGCCACCAGCAUCAGCAUCGUCAUCAGCUUCCUGUUCAGCGUGGUCUUCUUUGACUUCGAGGUCUCACUAUCGUUUGUCGUUGGCACAGCUAUGGUCAUAACAGCGACCUACCUGUAUAGCCUACCCGAGCGGAAGCGUGCUCGGCCGCCGCCGAUCAAUAUCGUCAGCUACGAGAAGACCACGGUGGUUGAAGGGACACCGCGGUAUCUCGACCAGGAUAAGCUCGGCGUGAACCCGCUGGACGCUGCGCCCCGCGGUGCAGGGCUGUCGUCGUCCAGGCCAGCGUCGCCGCUCAUGUUCCAUGAACGGUCUCAUUCGAAUAGGGGGCGGAGGGGCGAUGAUUGAGGAUAUGAGCUCUGUCGGGCGCGUCGGCUACGGGUUACGACUUUUAAGUGCGGAUGUAGUGGGUGUCGCAGUGGGGUUAACAAGAACCCUCCCUUGAAUGGAUGGUUCGGACGGGGAUAGGCGCUUAUGAGGUCUGAGUUAAAACGGCACACCAGGGGCGGUA